CCACUUCUGUUUCCUUUAAGAUGACCUAAAGUGCCAAUGACUGCAUUUCAUCAGACCAGCAUCUGUGCUAAACUUGCUAAAAUGGCAUUUUUGGCUCUGGUUUUGGUAUUUUGUGCCUGUGUCUCUUUAAGUGAUUCUGCCUGCUCAAUGACACUUCUAAAUGCAGGGGCAAGAUAUUGUGUUGAUGGCUAUGAUAACUCCAAGCAUCCAAUGGGAAGUACUUGGACAAACAAACAAUGUGUCAGAUGUACCUGCUCCACUAAUGGAAUGAAGUGCUGUGACAGGAUGGGCCGAGUGACUAACCUCUCUCAAGGCUGCACUGUGAAGUACGAUUACAACAAAUGCACAUUUCAAGUGUAUAAUCCAACAAACCCCAACAUAAAGUGUUCUUAUGGCGCUGUUGGAAAAUAAUCUCCAGUGAUCGAGUAAUGUGUCCUUUUUGGAUCCAACUUGGACACUGUAAAAAAAAAAAAACCUUGUGCCCAUUUUACUUAUUAAAAUUGAGGCAACUCUUUGCAUCAGC